AUGUAUAAUAAUUCUAUAAAAUACUAUUGUUAUUUGAAGAGAAAACCUUAUUUAUUCAAUACGUAUCUAGGUGGUCGAACAAAUCAAGUCAGUAAAACAAUUCAUAUUACUGGUCCUAUAAGAUUGCCUCAAGCGGAUAUUCUUAAAUUACCUACUAAUGUUAUAGAUAUUAAUGCAUCAGAAAUGGGAAGAUUUUCCCCAUUAAGAGAAAGAGACAUUUCUGGACCAGUAAUUAAUGUAUUGAAUCUUUGUUCAUCAAUGCAGACUAAUGUACCAAGUCCAUUUAGUGGGAACCAUACACAUCUUAGCAUGCCUGGCUCUCAAUGGGGACAAGGAUACAAAUAUUUAUCUGAUAAUCUGCAUAGUGCUCAUUAUUUAACAUUGAGGAAUGAGUAUAGAGCAAACCACUACAAUCAAGCUCUUACUUUACAAACUCGGAAUAUGAGUUCUGAUACACAAGCAACAAUGAGUGCGAAAGACAAAUUGAAAAAAGCUGUAAAAGAAUAUGGUUCUACAGUUAUUGUCUUUCAUGUUGCUAUAUCCUUACUGUCUUUAGGGGGCUGUUAUGUUCUUGUGUCUAGUGGUGUUGACAUAGUGGCAAUCCUUAAAUAUUUUAAUAUAAAUGAAGGUACACUCUCCAAAAUUGCAGUGUCGAAUGCUGGGACGUUUGUAAUUGCCUAUGGAGUACAUAAAUUUUUUGCUCCAUUCAGAAUAGUCCAGGAACUA